AUGGCAAUUUCAAUCCGCCGCCACUCUGUUUCCCUUACCCUCUUCUUCCUACUCUUCCUGCUACCCAAACACCACUGUCUCGAUCCCAAACCAACCCACCAAAUUUUCGCCCUGAAAACAGAGACCCACCACCGGAUUCCCAAUUCCAGGCUGUUCGGCACCCUCGCCGCCGGUUCCAAAUCCGACAAGAUGCUCUUCCACCACAACGUCUCCCUCACCGUUUCCCUCACCGUCGGGUCGCCGCCGCAGGCGGUGACCAUGGUGCUCGACACGGGUAGCGAGCUGUCCUGGCUCCACUGCCGGAAAUCCCCCGGAUUGAAUUCGGUAUUUAAUCCGUUGGCUUCCAAAUCGUACGCCAAAGUCCCCUGUUUCUCGCCCGCUUGCCGGACCCGGACCCGGGACCUAUCCAUACCCGUCUCCUGCGAUCCGGCCAAGCUCUGCCACGUCGCCGUUUCCUACGCCGACGCUACUUCGAUCGAGGGCAACCUCGCCUACGAGACGUUUCGGGUCGGUUCGAUGACCCGACCCGCUACCUUGUUCGGGUGCAUGGACUCCGGGUUCAGCUCCAACUCCGAGGAGGACGCCAAAUCGACCGGGCUGAUGGGGAUGAACCGCGGCUCGCUUUCCUUCAUCAACCAAUUGGGCUACACGAAAUUCUCCUACUGCAUCUCCAGCCUCGGCUCCUCCGGCGUCCUCCUCCUCGGCGGCGGCGCCGCCUCCUUCUCGUGGCUGAAACCGCUCAAAUACACCCCGAUGGUGAAAAUCAACGACCCGCUCCCGUACUACGACCGGGUCGCCUACACGGUCCAGCUCGAGGGCAUAAAGGUAAACAGCAAGAUCCUGCCCGUGCCGAAAACCGUCUUCCAGCCUGACCACACGGGGGCGGGUCAGACCAUGGUCGACUCGGGCACCCAGUUCACGUUCCUGCUCGGCCCGGCCUACACCGCGCUCCGAACCGAGUUCCUCGCCCAGACCAGGCGGGUUCUCCGAGUCUUGAACGACCCGAACUACGUGUUUCAGGGGGCUAUGGACCUGUGUUACCUGAUCGACUCGACCCGGACCGUGCCCCCACCCGGCCUGCCCUCGGUCACCCUGAUGUUCCGGGGUGCCGAGUUCAGCGUGUCGGGCGAGAAGCUGUUGUAUCGGGUGCCCGGUUCGCUAAGGGGUAGGGACUCGGUGUGGUGCUUCACGUUCGGGAACUCCGAGCUGCUCGGGAUCGAGGCGUUUGUGAUCGGGCACCACCACCAGCAGAACGUGUGGAUGGAGUACGAUCUGGCUGGGUCGAGGAUUGGCAUCGCAGAGGUCAAGUGCGACGAUGCCGGUCGACAACUUGGGUUACAUGAUUAG